GGCAUGGCUCGGGAUCUGAUUGCUUUCAGUUUCGCAUAUGCAGCGAUGGCGCGCUACCUCGCCACUCCACGGUACCGCCCGGUGCCUUGCUCGCAGUGCUGGUGCUUCGCGUCCGUUGUUCGCAACGGGUUUCCUGUGUAAGGAGGCGUCAGUAAUCGACAGCGUGAGCACUAAGCAGCGCCAUGCUCCUGCGCAGUAUCCUGGUAGUCUUGAAUCAGACCAGGCCCGCCAUCUUGUACGUGCUCUGUUACGCGAAUGUUCCUACCUACCGGAUUCUCAGGCACGGAAAUGGAUCAAAGGUCAUGUAAUAGAUCGCUUCAGGAGCUACAGCUUCAAGACCUGGAAGCAUCGGAAUGACCCUGCCUACGGUGAGCGACUCCGGCAGAAGCUGGAAGAAGCAAGGCAUGCCGCGUCAGUCUUAAGACGUGCCAACGAGGGUGAGCGAAAGCCGCUGCUCAAGGUUCUUCUGGUGGCUUAUGGCCGAACGGGCAAGCGAAGACACGAGCUCAUGAAACCGCUUAUGCCUGUGUCUGCUCCUUUAGAGCAAGGCCAGUCUAUAAGCCUUAACACGAAUGGCAGCAACUCCACUUCCGAGCAGUCUGCGGGAGCGAAGCGCACAACGCAAUCACCGAUGACCCGGAAACCCAGUGCACGAGAGGUCAAUCAAGGCCAGUGGACCGCUUAUGUACCUGACUUCACCCCACAGCUACGCGCUGUGUUGCAGUCGCAGAUCCGCCAUCCUCCACCGCACUUGACCCGGCCCAUACUGCGUAAGAUGGCACCUCAGCUCGAGGAGCUGAAUUCCUGGAUGCGACCCAUGCCGCUAUCCCGUGUGAAGAACCAGGUUGAGAAAUGGUAUGCAGAGCUUCUAGACAAAGUUCAUCCGCCUUUACCAGUGCCGGAGUGGGAGCGAUUGCGAGACUUGGCAUCCGGCCAGCAGACUGAGCGGUUCAUUCCACGAAGGACCUUCGCCGGGUUGAAGAAGCCAAGUGCGCUGGAGCUGGUUGUCGUUUUCAACCAAGCUGGUGUACGCAAAGUGUUCGAAAACAGAGAAGCUCACAGCAUUGAACCGCGCUACAUACGGCGCCUCUGGUUUCAAGUGUUCUUGCAAUGUCCUGCCAUGGAGUGGGAUACACAGAAGGCGGAGUGGAGCGUAAUAUGGGGCCAGCAAGCAUUAUCUGCGGUCAACAAUGCGCCUAAGGACAAGUUACCCACCGUUUGCUGCCCGAACACAGCAUGCGGAGCGGAGUAUUUAAAACCUGUCAGCGCAGAGUGAAGCCAUUAGAAGAGGAAGCUUGGCAUCAGUGAUCACGCACCGCUGACAGUGAUGCACUGAUGCUUCCUCUUCUCGGCUAGACCUUCCGUUUGCGGCUAACGAGACUGCGCGGUACCUGCAGCAAUGUUUCGAACCUUGCGUCUCCACCGGCCAACGCCCUCCGAAGUGCAAGAACGAUCUCCGCUUAGAUCUCGUUCUUUGAAGUGACACCAACCAUCAUCCUUCAUCUGCUCUUCGCAACAAUGGCAGACCCAAUGCAGCCUUCGAUCACUCAUGCAUCCGCAGAAGGUACGGUUGCGCAGCUCGGUUGUUGAAUCCCAGCUCACGCCUAAGCAGAUGUGCCUCACAUACUCGCCAUGAUCAAGGAGCUCGCGUCCUACGAAGAUGCCCUCGACAAGGUAGAAGCAACCGAAGACAGUCUC